AUGCGGGCAUUCGCCCCCGCUCUGCUGUCGGCGCUUGUCUUUAUACAGGUGGACUCUGCAGUUAAUAUCCUGAAAGAAUUAAGACGAAACGGAGGAAGCCUUUCUUGGGUGCUGGAACUUCAAGUGCGAUCUCAUCCCGAGUACACCAACAAGAAAGAAUAUCGGUCUCGGAACCCACCCAUUCACGUGAAAGGUAUAACACAGGAGGAGGUGGAUCAUGCAGCAACACGUAAGCAGCUCCUGACAACUGCUGACAGAAGAACCAACACAUUCCUCGAUACCAAGGCCCUUGACGUUACUCGACAACGCCCUGAAGGCACAGAUGCCCAAACUGAAAGGAUAAAGAGUGGUAAUGCACCAGGAAUUGAGAGAACUCUGGCACAGAAUGAGACUGAACAUACAGCUACACAAAGUCAGCUGUUGGCUUCUGGUGAAACAAGGACUAGCGCUCCUCUGGAGACCAAACUCCUGGAGGCUGCUCAAGAGCAAAACGCAGGCACAGAUCCCCAAGCUGGAAGGAGGCAAUUUGGUAAUGUACAAGGAAAUGAGAAAGCUCUGGCACAAACGGAAACUGAGCUUACAGCAACACAGAAGCAGGUCCUAGUAGCUGAUAACAGUAGAAAUAACACAUUCCUGCGGACCAAAGUCCUUAACAUUGACGAAGAACGACCUCAAGGGAUAGAUUCCCACACUGAAAGGAGACAGGGUGGUAAUUUACCAAGAAGUGAGGAAGCUGUAGCACAGAAUGAGACUGAGCGUACAGCAACAAAAAAGCAGGUCCCACUUGAUGGUGACAGAAGGACCAGCACUUUCCUGGAGACCGAACCGCUUGGGGCUACUCAAGAACGAACUCUUAGCUCAGAUAUCAAACCCGAAAGUAGACAGAACGGCAACUCACAAGGAAGUGAGGGAGCUCUAGCAAAGACGGAUACAGAGUAUACAACAACACAAACGCACGUCCUGGCAGCUGGUGGGAAAAGAACCAACACAUUCGGAGAGAGCAAACUCCCUGAUGUUACUCAAGAACGACCUGAAGGUACAGAUGCCCAAACUGAAAGGAGACGGGGUGGUGAUGUACCAGUACGUGAGGAAGCCCUAGCACAGAAUGAGACUGAGCAUAUAACAACACAAAAGAAAUUCCUAGCAGAUGGUGACCGUAGAACCAACAAAUUUUUAGAUACCAAACUCCUUGUUGCUCAAGAAAGACCUAAGGGCACAGAUGCUCAAACCGAAAGGAGACAGGGUGUUGAUGUACCAGGAAAGAAGGAAGCUCUCGCGCAGAAUGAGACUGAGCUUACAGCAACACAAAAGCAGGUCCCACCAACUGGUAACACAAGGACCAGCGCUUUCCUCGAGGUCAAACCCCUUGCGGCUUCUCAGAAACGAAAUGAAGGCACACAGGACCAAAUUGAAAAGGGACAGGGUAUUCAGGUACAAGAAAAUGAAAAAGCUCUGUUGCCAUCAUUUGGCGGUAAUGGUUCAGAGACUACCUUGAUAGAAAGUGGGAAAGAAAUGCAUCAAGUCGAAAAGGAUUCUAAAGAGGCAAAGAGCUCGAGAACCAGCUCGCAGCGACAGGCACCAGGCUCGUGGAAAGCCACUGAGACUUCACAAGGAAGUGAUCAGUUUACAACAACGGAAAAUGAACGCCAGAUUGUUCAGGGUAAAUCUCAAAUGACCAGAGGAGAGAGUGAUGCAACUACAGAAGCAAAUGAGGUUUCCUUGGCACCUGGAAAGGAUCGAACUAAUCUGAAAAGGAACAACGUGUUGAUGGAUGCUGUAGAUGGAGCACAAGUGGCUGCCAAAGCUGAAAUGAACAGUCUGGAGCCAGAGAAAAUGCUGAGGCAGACAACCACAGAGGAGGUCGGGGUAGCCCAAAAAAGCCAACUGGAGCGCUAUGGGGCAUCUCGGAGUAGCACAGACCGAACUGCAGCCUCAGAAGGGAACGGAGUAAAAUUUACGGAUGAUUUAACGAGCGGCAGCGGGUUCAAAACAAGCACUACAGGAAGUUCUCUUGUGUCACAAGAUGGCGGUGAAACUGAAGUGGAUUCGAGUUUGGAAAAUCCUGCCACACUCAGGAUGACAACGGUAGUGGACGAGAUGCAGGUACUACUGCAGGCCGACGCUACAACGGCGGGCGGAGGCGACUACGGAGCACAAGUGGCUGCCAAAGCUGAAAUGAACAGUCUGGAGCCAGAGGAAGUGCUGAGGCAGACAACCACAGAAGAGGUCGGGGUGCCCCAAACAAGCCAACUGGAGCGCUAUGGGGCAUCUCGGAUUAGCACAGACCGAACUGCAUCCUCAGAAGGGAGGAUACGGCCUCUCGCUAUUGUCUCUGAUAUAGGGAUAGAGGACACGGGCUUAGCCAGAGACAGUGAGCUGUACGACUACUGA